AUGGUCUUCCAUUCUGCCCCAUAUUUUGAAGAAGGUGUACCUUAUUCCAACAACGGUAAUCAAUAUCAAUUUGAACCUACAACAACUUUUACUUCGAUUGAUCAACAUAACCUAUAUCGAGGCAAUGAGGAAGAUGUCGCAACUCUUGGUAUCGAAGAAGAUGAGAGCCGUUUAUGGCUGGGCGGUUCAUCAUAUCCUGUAAAUUCCCAAUACAUUAACGAUGGAAGAAAUGGUCAUAUUUAUAGUGCUGCUCCAUUACAUUAUACAGAACCCAUGAUGGCUACAAAUAAUUCAGGUAUGAAUUCCAAAUAUAUUGACAAUGAAUUUGAGCAACAAAAUCAUUAUCCGAUUAUUUCUCAAGAGCCAGAAAAUUAUCAUUCUUUACCUGUUUCAAUUUCUCCAUAUUUACCUCAAUCCAGGUUUCAACAGCAACAGCAGCACCACCACCAACAACAACAACAAGAAAAUGGUUAUUACAAUAAUAAUAACAAUUCUUUCGGCAGAGGUCCCACACCAAUGCUUUCAAACAUGCCAUCCAUGGUCCCAACAGUGGAAAACAUGGUAACUGCAACAGCUGCCGCAGUAGCUAAUGCAAAUACACGAAUGCAAUCCACUAUGGGAUCAAGGCUUAAUGAUCCAUUAGAUUUCACUACAGCACCAAGUAGGACCGUAUACUUGGGUAACAUACCUUCCGAUUUAACUGUGAAAGAAUUAUUAGACCAUGUUCGUAGUGGAGUCAUUGAAGAUGUCAAGAUAAUCCCAGAGAAAUUAUGUGCCUUUAUUUCAUUUUUGGAUGAAAAUUCAGCACUUUUAUUCCAUUCCGAUGCUAUUUUGAAAAGAUUGAAUAUUAAUGGUAAGGAUAUUAAGAUUGGAUGGGGGAAAUCCACUGCUGUUGAUCCAAUGAUUGCUACGAGAAUUAUUAACGAUGGUGCUACGAGAAAUGUAUUUAUUGGUCAAUUGAAAACUAAAUCAUUUGAUCCUAAUAAGGCAAAAGUUACCAAGAUGCCACCGUCAAGAAACCACGAUAUUAACGCUACUAUAAGUAACGAGAAUGAUGAGAAGGAAAAUGGAGUGGAUACUGCUCAUGUAGAAGGAGAAGUCGAAGUCGGAGAAGAAGAGGAGCCAAUUUCAGAUGCGAAAUUAAGGAAAGACCUUGCUGAUUUUGGUGAUAUUGAUUGUAUUAAAAUUGUAGAAGAUAAAGGGAUUGCAUUCAUUCAUUUCGCAUCUAUAACCAGUGCUAUUAAAUGUGUUCAUAAUUUAAAUUCCAUGAAUGAUUAUUACUCUACAAAGAAAAUCUUCUAUGGAAAGGAUAGAUGUGCAUUCAUAACGAAGACUCAACAACAUAAUGCCGCUCAAUUUCUUGGUAUUCAAUCAGGUAUGAAGAAUUUAAUUGAAUUUUCUGAUAGGAAUGUCAUCUCUAAUGCACUUUUACAACAAUCCGCGGCAGCAGCAGCUAUUGCCACAUCUGCAGGCGGUCCCAACAAUCUUGGUAAUAGAACCAUCUAUUUAGGAAAUUUACCUAAAGAUAUUAGAGUUGAAGAGAUUUGUAAUGUUGUAAGAGGAGGUCUUCUACAAAGUGUGAAAUUGUUGGGGGAUAGAUAUGUAUGUUUUGUUACGUUCAUUGAUCCUACUGCAGCAGCUCAAUUUUUUGCCAUGAGUUCAUUACAUGGGUUGACUAUUCAAAAGAAACGUUGCAAAGUUGGUUGGGGGAAACAUUCAGGCCCAUUAUCUAAUGCCUUGGCAUUGGCUGUCAGUCAUGGGGCAUCUAGGAAUAUUUAUAUCGGUAAUAUUGAUUUUGCAACAGAUAAAAAAAGGGAUAAUCCUAUUUUCACUGAAGAUUCGUUAAGGAAGAUGUUCAGUAUGUAUGGUGAAAUGGAACAAAUUAAUUUCUUACCAGAAAAGAAUUGUUGUUUUAUUAAUUUCACUAAUAUUAGUAAUGCCAUCUUGGCAUUAGACAAGAUCAAAUCAAAUCCAGUUUUUAAAGAUUUGAAGAUUAAUUUCGGUAAGGACAGAUGUGGGAAUAUUCCUCAUCAAGUACGUUAG